UUUUUUUCCUUUUCUGGACUUGGUUAAAAAAAAGAGAGUAAAAUAAAUGCUCUGCAAUUAAGCUCCUUUCAAGAAUGAAAGCUAAAAACAGCUUUCUUUCCUUGAAGCAGUAGCAGCAGUAGAGGACCUUUAUCAGAUCCGAUAUACGAACAAAUCAAACCCAAAAUUAGCUAAACCCUGCCGCCAAGAUUACAGCCAUGGAUGCUUUGAGGAAGCAAGCUUUCAAGCUAAGAGAACAAGUCGCCAAACAGCAACAGGCAGUUAUCAAGCAGUUUAGUACAACUGGUUAUGAAAGUUCAGAUGUUAUGGUCGUUGAUGAGGUAGAGAUGCGAGUACAUCACCAGCUGGACAAGUUGUAUAAGUCAACUCGUGAAAAAAGGGAUUUUCAGAAAGAGAUUGUUAAGGCAGCUGAAGCAUUUACAGCUAUAGGAUACAAGCAUAUAGAAGCAGGAACUAAAUUAUCAGAAGAUUGCUGCAAAUAUGGAGUUGAAAAUCCCAAUGACGAGGUGUUAGCUAAGGCUGCUUCUAUUUACGGUGAUGCUCGUAAACAUGCAGAGAAGGAGGUUGAAGAUCUAAACAAACUGUUCUUUAGUCAGGUACUAGAACCAUUGAGAGCUAUGGUAGCUGGUUCUCCCUUAGAGGAUGCUCGUCAUCUUGCGCAGCGUUACAGUAAAAUGAGACAAGAGGCAGAGAUACAGGCAGCCGAAGUUUCUAGAAGACAAGCUCGGGUGAGGGAAGCUCCCAUCCCAGAGAAUGUGGCAAAGCUGCACGCAGCAGAAACUAAAAUGCAGGAACUCAAAGCCAACAUGGCAGUACUUGGUAAAGAAGCAGCGGCAGCAUUAGCUGCUGUAGAAUCACAGCAGGAGAGGCUUACAUAUCAGAGGCUUGUUGCAAUGGUUGAAGCAGAAAGGCUUUAUCAUGAGAGAGUUGCUGUUAUUCUGGGUAAUAUUGAAGCUGAGAUAGUUUCUGAAAAACAGCGAAAAGAGGCUGCUCCUCCUGUAGCCACACUUCCUGUAAACCCUCCAGCUCACAUACCUGAGAAAAAUAAAUACUUUUUGGCCGAGGCGGUUCAUUCUUUUGAAGCUGAAUCAGAAAAGGAGCUUAGCUUGGCAGUGGGUGAUUAUGUUGUUGUUCGUAAGGUAACUCAAUCAGGGUGGUCGGAAGGAGAAUGCAAAGGCAAGGCAGGUUGGUUUCCAUCCGAGUAUGUGGAGAAACGACAAAGAGUACCUACUUAUAAUGGAGCGGCUGAAGUUUACUGAGGUUUAGCGUCUUGGUUGCUAGUACUUCUUGACCUGUUGCCAGUUAAAACCAUUUUGUUCAUGCAGAGCAUAGAGUCGAGCGUGUCACAUAUUGCUUUCAAUUCCUUCAGGCUUAUACUGUGGAUAGAUAAGAUUACAGAAAAUUCUUUUGGUCCUUUUCCUUUUCUCCUUUGUUUUUCUCGUGGGCAUAGAGGUGUCAUUACUGGUUGGAUGAAAGUGAGAUACAGUGAGUUAAUUGUCUUCCUCCUCUCCCCGGGGACGAGGAGAGGGCUUGUGUAAUUUUACCUUUGAAGAAGAUUGUUGUGAAAAUUGUUGUGGGAAUUUGUGAAUUAUGAAAGAAAUCAGUGCUUGCUUAUUAGUGAA